AUGACUAUUGCAGUCUCGUAUACAUUGGGAUUUGUACGAUGCAAGGAAAAUAACAAAGUCCUACUACUUAAUCGUGAAAAGGCUCCUUGGAUGGGUAAAUGGAACGGAAUAGGCGGCAAGAUUGAGCCUAAUGAAACGUCAAUGGAAUCAAUGAGAAGAGAAGCAAUAGAAGAAACGGGACUCGAUUUACCGAAUUUUAAAAGUAGAGGAAUUCUAACGUGGGAGAUCCACGUCACUAAGGAUAAACCACGAGUUUUUAAAGAUACAAAUGAGAACAAAACACAUAUGCCAAUUACCGAAGGAUUAUACUUAUUUACAGCCGACAUAACAAUUGAACAGUACGAGAAUUAUAAUACCCCAAUAAUCUACAACGACGAGGGCAUUUUGGAUUGGAAAGACAUCGCCUGGAUUACUCAUGAGUAUAAUUAUGGUAUAGUUGAUAAUGUUCGUUUUAUUUUUAAAUACUUGUUUCAAGCAAAUGAGAAUGAUUUGUUUACUGUAAAGUAUAACGACACAGAAUUGGUAAAUGCUGAGUAUCUACAGGGAAAGAAUCCGUUGCUGUGUGAGAAAUAA